AUGAGCUACGAUAUCAACAACAACAAAGACGACAGCAACAACAAACGCCACGACCACGACAAUGACCGCUACGGUGGAUACAGGGGCAACCCCAACUCCAACGGCCAAAUGCGGUACAAGCACAAAGACAAAGGCAACACCUUUGACAGCAACGGCUUGUACAGCAAGGAGAGAGGUUUGUAUGACCCUAUCGCAUACUAUAGAGACCGAUCUUAUUCCGGCAGCAGGGACUCAUGGAACAAUGGCCGUUUCACAAGCGACAGUGACCGCGCUUCGUACGACAGCAGACGCGACUCUUACGGCGGUGCCUGGUAUAACAAGAACAGAGAUCACUCCAGCGCCGACAGUGAUUACCACAUAUACGACAGCAGAGAGAGACACGGCAAUAACCGCAACAGACACGAUAACCCCAGCAGAAGCCCCACCAGAGACAGAGAUACAGGCAGACGCAGAGGAAGCCGAGAGUCGGGUUUGGGCAGGGAUAUAGAAAGGAGCGAGGCUGCAGACAGGGACACUGCCAGUCCACCCAAAAGAAAUAUCCGCACAGACUUUAUCAUCUAUCAAGGCGGUCUCCUUUACUCCGAUCACAACCCAGUCUCCGGUCACCACGCUGCGACAUAUAUCAAGCGCGAAGGGACCUCGCUCAGGUCUCGAUGGGGUGUACCCCCCGUGAACACGUCCCAGACCACCCUCUGCUCCAUCCGUAGCGACGACCUUUCUUCCUCCCUCCAGUCGCCGUUGCCCUCACUGUCACCCACAACUGAUAUGUCAGGGCCGUCCUCCUCAUCCACCCCUGAAACGCGUUUUCACCAGUCGUCCACGAGUCAGUCGCCUCCUCGCCAGUCUGCCGCAAUGAUAUCGAGUGCGAUCCGUUUUUCUACUGCUGCCUCCGUCACGACCGCAACCACCCAAGGCGGAGUCACUAACCACAUUCAGAAAUUGCAAAUGACCACUUACCCUGCCGUCGUUCAAGACCAUCGACAGUUCCAAGAAGUCCAGCCCCAAGCACCACCUCAGGACCGCCGCUCCGAGUUGGUCAGUGCAGCGGCUGUUGCUUACAAAGCCUUGCAGGGGGUCUUGAAUGACUAUAAGCAGCAAACAGGGAAUUCCACUGCAGGCAUCUCAGUCGCCACUCUCUUGGGCAAACGCUCUAUUGGACGCCCGUCUAAAGUGCGAUUGGAGAACGAGAAGACAGCCCUCCUUGGCAUCGAACGCGCAAAGUCAGAGAUGAAAGAGUUGGAGCAGAUGCCAAAGCAGUUGAAUGGAGUCGUCGGCCAGGCCAAGAUUUCCAGUACUCCUCGCAGGACCGAUAUCGACAAAGCUUACACACUUGGACAUACCGCUCAUUUGAGCAUCACGUCCGCCGUCACUAUGAACACUGUUUGCCAUCGUCAAAAUCCAAUGCAAGGUCACCACCAACAGAAGCUCCAACCUUUGCGAGCCUGGGAGACAAUACAGGAGCAGGAGUCUCAACGGCAAGGUCUCCCGCGCAGAAGCAAGCCAGCGAUACAAACCCCCCCUCAACACCUGUCUUGGAAGAUUAUGGCCCCUCCGGCGAACACUUUUCCUCGUAAGGUCACUGAUAGGACAAGCCAGGUCCUUCAUUUGCACGGAGAGGCAAGAAUCGACAAGGACAAGGAGACUCGGGGCGAUGAAAGAGAAGAAGGAUAUCUCGGAUCUCUUGCUCUCAAGUGGAAACACCACAAGAAGGCAGGCGAUACACCGGACGGCCAACUUUCUCCCAAGGAGAGUACGCCUCCUCAACCCGAGACCUGUUCCACGCCAUCUCCAAUCGUUCUGAAGCAAGGAGCACAGUUUAUCAACACGCAACGCGAGUCCAGUCAUGCGGAGGAGAUCGUUCAAGUGCAACCCACCGACGGUUCUGAGACGAGUAUGUGCUCCAGUACCAACAAGACCACUUCUGCAACGUUUUCAGGGUCGAUUCAGUCAAAAGGGUCUCCUGCAAAGAAUGGCCUUGCUCAAGACAGUGCUGCCAGCAUCGACCAUCGCCCUUCGGCAGUGAAGUGCAACUCGUCAAUUCCUCCGAGCAAGCCGCGCCGGCGCGUGACCUUUGCCGAUUUGAAGGUUGACGAUGAAUCUGGCAUUCGCGAGCUUGACGCGACGGCCAUCGCAGAACCGACUACUACCACGGGACCGACGCUUGAUUCGGAUGAGAAAGAGAGCGCGGAUGCAAUUGCCACCGAACUAUCAACAGAUAUGGAGACGGUUAACUGCGACGAACAAGCGCCACAUGGCAUUGCCGCCACGCAAGAAUCUUCACAAACGCCAGCAUCAGAUGCAAAUAGUCCUACCGCGAGUAUCGCUCACAGACAAACAGACGAUGAAGUACCCAGGAACCAGGCCAUUGGUAAUGCGUACUUUUAA